AUGUCUAGUUCCCAUGCAAAAAGAAUCGCAUACAUCUACAGCAAGGAGUAUGCAGGCCUAGCCUCAUUGCUACCCUCCAAUAUUGACAGAUCUAUCACGGUUCAUGCCUUGAUUGAUGCUUAUGGUCUUUUAAACCAUCCUGACAUUACUAUUGUCUCACCGCAAAAGGCUACACUUAAAGAGCUUUGUAGAUAUCACUCACGCGAUUACAUUGAGUUUCUUCAAAAAGUAGAGGAAAACAAUGCGUCAGACGAAAAUGAAGAUUGCAUCACAGAGGACAGUAGAAUGGAUCAACUAGAAGAGUAUGGUUUACGAUACGAUUGCUCCGUGUUCGAAGGCAUUGCUCAGUAUGCAGAGUUAGUUGCCGGGUCAACAAUCAAGGCCGCUAGACUCAUCAAUGACGAUGCUUUUGACAUUGUAGUCCAUUGGGAUGGCGGCAGACAUCAUGCAAAAAAGGAUAUGGCAGCUGGAUUCUGUAUCGUGAAUGAUAUUGUAUUGGGUAUCAUGGAGCUCCAAAAGGUGUAUGAUCGUGUCAUGUAUAUUGACCUGGAUGUGCACCAUGGUGAUGGUGUUGAAAACGCAUUUCAGUUCACGGACAAGGUCCUGACUGUAUCUCUGCAUCAUUAUGCAGAAGGAUUUUAUCCAGGGACUGGCAGCGGCAUAUCCUCAAACAAGACAAAGGCCGUUGUCAAUGUGCCAUUAAAGUCAGGCUUGUCACAGAAAACAUUAUCGAAAAUCUUUGACCAAGUCGUGGAGCCGCUUUCCAUGCGUUAUAACCCAGGCGCCAUUGUAUUGCAAUGCGGUGUAGAUGGCAUGGCAGGCGAUCCUUUAGGGAAAUGGAAUUUAAACAUUCAGAGUUAUGGUGAUUGUUUGAAAAAAAUCAUGACCUGGAAAAGACCUUUGAUAAUCCUUGGUGGGGGAGGAUACAAGACUACAUCAACUGCCAAAUGCUAUGCAUAUUUGACAAGCAUUGUAAUAGGCAAGCAAGAUAUCUCCGAAGAGAUUCCAGAACAUGAGUAUUUUGAAGACUAUGCGCCUGAUUUCCAGCUGGCGAUCGAUCCCAGUCGACAAGUGGAUGAGAACACAGACAGUAAUCUUGAAGGAGUAUAUAGACUUGUGGAAACACAGACAGAGACAUUGCUACGGACCGAGAUGCCGUAAAAAAGUAAAGAGCUUAAGUUUAAGUUUAAU